GUUGAAAUUGAUAACUUGGUGAGUAGUGUAUCUCAAAAGUAUAGUCUUUGAUUGAGUUUUGCUGCCUCAAGUUUGAUCAUCCUUCUCUAUUCUCAUUGCCCUUGCCAAAAAGCAAGACAGAUAUGGAAGCAGCAUGGGCAACAACUCUGAUUCUCAUAGUGAUACUUGUUCUGAUAUGCGCAUGGAGGAUUCUGAACUGGUUAUGGUUCAAACCAAAGAGACUUGAAAAGCUGCUAAGAGAGCAAGGCUUUCAAGGCAAUCCAUACAGGCUUUUGUUUGGAGAUAGCAAGGACUUGCUCAAAACGAGAAAGAAAGCCUUAUCCAAACCUAUGAAUCUCUCUGAUAACAUAAUUCCACGUGUGUCUUCCUACACCCAUCAUACUGUCAACACACAUGGUAAAAACUGUUUUAUCUGGUUAGGACCAACUCCAAGGGUGACCAUCUUAGAUCCUGGGCAAAUCAAAGAUGUACUUAACAAUAUGUCUGACUUCCCAAAGCCUGACACAAAUCCACUUGUCAAGUUACUAGCAACCGGCCUUGCCGACCAUGAUGGAGAAAAGUGGAGCAAGCACAGAAGGUUAAUCAACCCUGCUUUCAAUUUAGAAAGAUUAAAGGUCAGUUGCUUGCAUUUGAUAGAUAUAGACUUUUGAUCUGUUUUAAAACAUCAGAACAAAAAACA